GGUACAACACUACUGAUGUUGUGCGUGUGUGUGUGUGUGUGUGUGUGUGUGUGUGUGUGUGACACCUCGUACACCUGCAUCUGUGGAAGUGGGAAUAACUCCUCCGUCCUGCAUUACGGACACGCCGGCUCUCCCAAUGACAAAACCAUCCAGGAUGGAGACAUGUGUCUGUUUGACAUGGGCGGCGAGUAUUACUGCUACUCCUCCGACAUCACCUGCUCCUUCCCGGCCAACGGCAAGUUCAGCGCGGACCAGAGAGCCGUUUAUCAAGCCGUGCUGAAGUCCUCCCGAGCCGUGCUGGACGCCAUCAAACCUGGUGUGAAGUGGACAGAGAUGCACCGGCUGGCGGACCGGGUCCACCUGGAGGAGCUGCUGAAGAUGGGGAUCCUGCGCGGGGCGGUGGAGGACAUGCUGAAGGUCCAUCUGGGCUCCGUCUUCAUGCCUCACGGUCUGGGUCACUUACUGGGCAUCGACGUCCACGACGUGGGAGGAUAUCCAGAGGGCGUGGAGCGCGUGGACGAGCCGGGACUGAAGAGUCUCCGGAUGGGCCGUGUGGUGCAGGAGCGGAUGGUCCUCACGGUGGAGCCGGGGAUAUAUUUCAUCGAUCACCUGCUGGAUAAAGCGCUCGACUCCCCGACUCAGUGCGGCUUCAUCAACAGAGACGUCCUCAAUCGCUUCCGCGGCUUCGGCGGGGUCAGAGUUAUUAAUAACACACACAUUACAGUAGAUACACAUCAAUUCAUAACUAGUCCUUACUUUAACACCAUAUCAUUUUUGCUGAUCAUUUUGUUGAUUUCUUUAACAGAGAAGAUGUCCUGCGGGUACGAUGGGAUGUACAAUGCGCUCCUCAGCAUCGCCUUCACCUGUUGUCCCUCGUUGUCAAUCAAACACACCUCCGCAUCUCCUCUUUUCAGCGCCACUCCGCUCGCUCAGCCAACUUAA